AUGGAUGAUGAUGAAGGAGAAUCAUUUACAGAUGAAGAAAUUAAAGAAGAAUCUCUUGCUUUUAUAUUUGCCGGUAAUGUUUGUGAAGAAGUUGAUCAAGUUUUACCCAAUCGCAUAACACCUACGAAUGAACAUUUAUCAGAAUUAGUAGUAUGUGCAGCAGUUAUCAAUGAAACACUUCGUCUUUAUCCACCGGCACCAUUAACACAAACUCAUCCAGAUGCAAUAAAUGGCUUCAUAAAUGGUUUAAAACGGCAAAAUUCAGCGUUAUAA